CCCCAGUUCAAAAACCCUAAAAGAUUUCCACUUCGCAAACCAAAAUCAAAGAAGAUUAAUGAAGCAAAUUUUGUCGUGUGAAGGAGGUUUGUAGUUUAAUAUCAAACAAAUCAAACGAAAUGAGUCACAGCGAACCUUUCAUGAAGAUGCACAUUACUUAUGGAGGGUUGAUGUCGCUUGAAGAGAAUAAGUUCUCUUAUUCUGGUGGAAGGUUGGCGAAGGAUUAUCGCAUAGAUCCAGAUUUGAUGACUUGGUCAAUUUUCCAGGAAUUCACAGAAAAACAAGGAGUUGCAAAUGGCGUGGAGAAAAUUUGGUAUAGACUACCGAGUGAGAACAUUUCAGCUGCAAGACGCAUAUACAAAGACAAGGACAACGAGAUCAGAAAGAUGUGUUCAAAAGUAGCAGAAGUGGGUGAAGUUUAUGUGUACAUCGAGCAUGGUUUGUCUCCACCAAUUAUGGGUAAUGCUUCUGAUAUAGAAGCACAUUUGGCUGGUGGAGAUGAUGGUGAAGAUGCUGAUAAUGAAAAAGAAGAUGAAGAAGAAGAAGAAGAGGUUUCUGAUGGUGAGUUAGGUCCAGAAGAAAACAAUGAUGAUGAGGUUGGUAAUGAUGAAAAUAGAGAGUCUGAAAGUGAAUAUGAGAAUGGAAAUGCUGGUGAAGAGCAUGUUAAUGAAAGAGAUGGUCAGCCAUCUGAAGAUGAAGCUGAAAUUGUAGGUGAUGGAGCUGUACUAGAUGCUAGAUUAAAAAAAUUGUUUGCAAGUGCUGAAGAGGAAGCAAUGAAAGUGUACGAUACUACUCAUGUAUGUGGUGAGUCUAGCUCAGAUAGUGAAAAUGAAGAGGAGAAUGUAACUGGGGUUUGUGAAUAUCUGGAUUCUCCAGUUGAUACUGAUGAAGAGUGGGAAAACUUUAAGAACAAAGAUGGUAGACGCACGUGUAGGAAAGGAAAAAGAAGCGUGACUAACUAUGACAACCCACCAUACUUGUGGCUAAUGCAGACGUUUAACAACGGAGACGCGUUCAAAGAUCAAUUGUUGAGGUAUGUUCUGAAAAAUCAGUAUGAUGUGAAGCUUAAUAGGUGGGACUCUACAAAACAAGCAGCAAUAUGCACUGAGCCAAAAUGCGAUUGGAGAAUAUAUUGCUCUGUGGAGAAACCUAUCAGAAAAUGGAAGGUUAAAGUCUAUGAAGACAAGCACAAUCACGUGCCUACGGGAAGAGCAAGGAUGCUAAAACAAGGAACUAUUGCCAAGUUGUUUAAAGAGGAAGCAAGAAGAAGCCCUGACAUAAGAAGUGCAUACAUUAAGGAUGAGUUGAUACACAUGUACAACGUGUCGGUUUCAAUUUAUAAGUGCAGAAAAGCAAGAAGAAUUGCAUUAGAUAUGGUGUUGGAAAAUCAGAAGCAACAAUUUUCGAAGUUGUGGGACUAUGAAGCCGAGUUAUUGUGAUCUAACAAGGACACUACUACAGAGAUUGUGACUGUCGAGAAGGAUGGUAAACAAGUAUUUGAUCGCUUCUAUGUCUGUUUUGAACCUCUUAGAAGAACUUGGAAGAGAUCUUGUCGUCCUUUGAUAGGUUUAGAUGGUGCUUUUUUAAAGUGGGAAUUGAAGGGAGAGAUAUUAUCAGCAGUUGGCAGGGAUGCAGAAAAUAGAAUUUAUCCUAUAGCUUGGGCUGUUCUAAGGGGCGAAGACAAGGAUUCAUGGGAAUGGUUCAUU